AUGACGGCCAAUUCAGAAUGGAUCCAUGAUGAUGUAAACGGUGUCUGGGCCUAUGAACAUUCGGCCGAUAAAAUUCUGGCGAUGUUGUUCGCCGAUGCGCAUCGGAAAGAUACCGGUACGUUGAUUUUAACAAUCAAAACAAAGAAGGGCAUUGCUCAAGAAGACCAUACUUUCGCAGAGCUCGUUUCUACUUGUGGCAAAGACUAUCUGCAAAUAAUCCAAGCCAUUGCUUCAGCGAGUUGUCGCAGCCACUGCUUUUGCAAUCUUAUUUUAGCCUGUCAUCAGUGCAGAAGGUUGAGCACGCCGGAUUGCGAAUGGCGUUUCAAUGGAAAACUAUGCUUUCAUCCGAUCACGUUAUAUUACAGCGGGAAAGAAUGCGCUGAGGUGAGGCUAAGUUGCGUUGGCGGCAAGUUGAAAGCUCGUGGAGAGAUUGUACGCAAUGGUCGGAUCGGUACUUUCCAGUUGGUACCACCGGAUGCGGAAUCGCAACUUCACGAUGUUUUGCCGGUGCUUCUGAAGUGUUCCAGAAAUGGUAGUUGGACCGGUAUUGUAUGGAAGCAAAAAAUGACAUAUGAAAAAAUUCGUAUUGAUCAGAUAUACUGUAACUGA